AUGAGAUGCAGAGUUUGGUCCGAGGCGCGUGUGUACUCUAAGGUCAACAAUGAAAAGAACGAGGAUUAUUGGAAUUAUGAGGAUGCUGCUGUAACCUGGUCCAAUAAUGUCAAAGAUUAUGAGAUCGAGAUGAAAGUAGGUCGUGGUAAAUACAGUGAAGUGUUUCAAGGUGUUCAAUUAGCCUCUAGAAAACAUAUAGUUAUCAAAAUGCUAAAACCUGUGAAGAAAAAGAAGAUCAGAAGAGAAAUUAAAAUAUUAACUAACUUAUCCAACGAGAAAAAUCCACCUACUGCGCAAGAGUUUAAUAGAGACCUCUAUUUUUCAAAUAGAGAUGAAAAUAUACUGAAACAGAUAAGGCCUUAUAUUUAUGAGCUACCCCAUCAUGGCCAUGAAAACAUAAUUCAACUAUUUGAUGUGAUAAGAGAUCCUAUUUCUCGAACUCCAGCAUUGGUAUUUGAGCAUGUCAAUAACAUGGACUUUAGAGUACUCUAUCCGAAGCUCUCAGACAUAGAUAUCAGAUAUUACAUGUUUGAACUGCUGAAGGCACUGGAUUAUUGUCAUUCUAUGGGUAUCAUGCACAGAGAUGUCAAACCACAUAAUGUUAUGAUAGACCACAAACAGCGUAAACUAAGGCUAAUUGACUGGGGCCUUGCUGAGUUUUACCAUGUUAAUAUGGAGUACAAUGUAAGAGUUGCCUCAAGGUUUUUUAAGGGACCAGAAUUAUUAGUUGAUUACAGAAUGUACGAUUACUCUUUGGAUUUAUGGUCAUUUGGUACUAUGCUGGCGUCAAUGAUAUUUCAGAAGGAGCCAUUUUUCCACGGAACUAGUAACACUGACCAACUUGUUAAGAUUGUGAGAGUGCUAGGUAGUGACGAUUUCGAAAAAUACCUAAUCAAAUAUCAGAUAACACUCCCAAGGGAAUUCCAUGAUAUGGAUCAGUAUAUAAGAAGACCAUGGUACAGGUUUGUAAAUGAUCAAAAUAGACAUCUGAGUGACAACGAAGAUGUUAUUGACCUACUUGAUAAUUUACUAAGAUACGAUCACCAAGAAAGACUUACUGCUAAGGAAGCAAUGGGCCAUCCUUGGUUUGAACCAAUCAGAAGAGCAGAAACAAAGGAGUGA